AUAAACGAGAAGAAAAGAUCUUUAAAGACGAGAUGGGCGUAAUUAUUGUGAUUGCAAAACGUUUUGAUGCUCUAAUUGGGCCUGGAGUUAUGCUUCUCUAUCCUUUGUAUGCAUCGUUACGAGCAAUAGAGAGUCCAACGAUGUUAGAUGAUCAACAAUGGCUUACAUAUUGGAUAAUCUACUCUUUAAUUACAAUAUUCGAGCUAUCAUUUUGGAGAAUCCUUGCCUGGCUACCAUUUUGGCCAUACAUAAAGCUUUUGUUCUGUAUGUGGUUGGUGUUACCAAUGUUCAGUGGUGCAGCUUACAUCUACUCCAAUUUUGUGAGAAAAUACGCUAAGAUUGGAAUGAACGUUGGAGGGGGAACGAAUUAUACAGAUGAACAGAGAAGAGUUCUACAGAUGAUGAGUCUUGAUGCUAGAAAAUCGGUUCAAGAUUAUGUUGACCGGUUUGGAUGGGAUUCCGUUGAGAAAGCAAUCAAAGCGGCUGAAAGAGAAACAAAGAAGCACUAAGAUGGAAGAUUGCGAAUCAAAAGCCUUUUUUCAGAAAAAAAAAAAAAUGAUUGCGAAUCAAGAAACAUUGCUCUUUGCUUUCUUGUUUUUCAACGUGUUGGUAUAUUUGUGUAUAGAUUGUGUAGAGAAAUACUUCAAUGGA